CUGGAUUGAAACUCUAUUGCCAUUGGGUGGCCAUUUUGGAUCUAGCUUUAACGAAACCCGACAGACAGCAGUCACUGGAAUGGAACCGUGAACGACAGCGACAUCCCCAUGGCCUCGGCAUAAGUGAAAAACUUGUCACUAUUUCAAGAAUGAAGACUGAGAAUGGUGAAACAAUUUUGCGGUGUUAACAUCAGUUGUCCGUUUCAUUAGCGAAACGCAAGGGUGAUUGCUCGGGCCCUGUUGACUGCAAGGUUUUCUCGUCUGAACCGGACAUCCGAAAUGUGAAAUAGGUCUAAGCAUCAGGCAAAAUUGGUUCUUAACAAAGCUUAUUAAAAGCUUUCUGUUAUUUCGGAAAUUGUUUACCAAGAGAGCUAAUGGCUGGAGACCGGCGCUGGAAUACAUCUUCAAGGGAGAAUAUAGCGUAGGCAUUAGGAUAGCUAACGGCUAGCGAUUUCCUUCUGAAGUUUUUCACAAGUUUGCGUUGUCCGAGCACUUGAAUUGGUCAGUUAAACAAUGAGUAACUAUCGCUACCUUGAAUAGUCUAUACCAAAACAUCUUCGUCUAACGUUAUUUACCUCUCUAGACCGCUAAAUUAGCUAGCUAGCUAGCUAGCUAAUCCAACUAACUAGCUACCUUUUCAGAAUCCGCUGCUUAAUUUAAAAACGCAACGUCAACCAUCAGUACAAUGUCGGCAAGAACACCUCUACCCACCGUCAACGAACGGAAAACUGAAAAUCACACAUCAAACGGUCAUGGUCGGAUGGAUGGGACCUCUCGUUCUGUAAGGUCAGGUGGUCGAAAUCGGAACUCGGCUGGUUCAGGAUCUGAAGAGCAGCAUCCUCAUGUUGGGAAUUACCGGCUCCUCAAAACCAUUGGAAAGGGCAAUUUUGCAAAAGUCAAGCUGGCCCGCCACAUCCUCACUGGCAGAGAGGUUGCAAUAAAAAUAAUUGACAAGACACAACUGAAUCCAACAAGUCUUCAAAAGCUCUUCAGGGAAGUCAGAAUAAUGAAGAUUUUGAACCAUCCAAAUAUUGUAAAGCUCUUUGAGGUGAUUGAGACUGAGAAGACUCUGUUUCUUGUGAUGGAGUAUGCCAGUGGAGGUGAGGUGUUUGACUACCUUGUGGCUCAUGGGAGGAUGAAGGAGAAAGAGGCCAGAGCUAAAUUUAGACAGAUUGUAUCUGCUGUGCAAUACUGUCACCAAAAACACAUUGUACACAGAGACUUGAAGGCUGAGAACUUGCUGUUGGAUGCAGACAUGAAUAUAAAGAUAGCAGAUUUUGGCUUCAGUAAUGAGUUCACAGUAGGGAAUAAACUAGACACGUUUUGUGGCAGCCCGCCCUAUGCUGCCCCUGAGCUCUUCCAGGGCAAGAAGUACGAUGGUCCAGAGGUGGACGUUUGGAGCCUGGGGGUCAUCCUCUACACACUGGUCAGCGGUUCACUGCCCUUUGAUGGCCAAAACCUGAAGGAGCUCCGUGAGCGCGUGCUGAGAGGUAAAUAUCGAAUCCCCUUCUACAUGUCUACAGACUGUGAAAAUCUCCUUAAGCGCUUCCUGGUGCUCAACCCUGCCAAGAGAGGAACUCUAGAGCAAAUCAUGAAGGACCGCUGGAUUAAUGCAGGUUCAGAGGAGGAGGAGCUCAAACCCUACAUUGAGCCAGAGACCGACAUCUCUGACCAGAAGAGAAUAGAUGUCAUGGUUGGUAUGGGCUACUCUAGAGAGGAGAUUCAGGAAUCUUUGUCCAAGAUGAAAUAUGAUGAGAUCACAGCAACAUACUUGCUGCUGGGCAGGAAGGCCAAUGAGGAGGUGAAUGAGACUAGCUCCAGCAGCAAUCUCACUGUGGCGAAGAACAGGCCCACUAGUGAGUUGAAUGGCCAGUCACCCGCUCACAUGAAGGUCCAGAGGAGUGUCACACCCAAUCCAAAAGGCAGACGCUACAGUGAUCAAGUUGGUGGCGUUGCUACCUCAGGGUUGAGUAACGUUAAAAGGGCUCUCCCUGCCACGGCAGAAAGUGACGUCAAGCAGGAAGGAGGGGUAGCAGUCCGUAAGGCCCCAGUGCACAACCCCCCCAGCCCACUACUGGGCAAUGCAAACAACCCUAACAAAGCAGACAUACCUGAUCGCAAGACAAGCACCUCUGCUGCUCCCAAUAAUAACUCUGGCUCUGGAGGAAUGUCCCGGAGAAAUACAUACGUCUGCAGUGACAGAACUAAUGUGGAGCGACUUUCUGUUAUUCCAAAUGGGAAGGAAAACAGUGUGUCUUUGUCUCCGGACCAGCGGAACCCUGGAGCUUCCACUCACAGCAUCAGCAAUGCUGCCACAUCUGAUAAACUGCACUUCCCACGAGGCACUGCAAGCCGCAGCACCUUCCAUGGUCAGGUCAGGGAGCGUCGCACUGCGACAUACAAUGGCCCGCCAACCUCACCCACGCAGCCCCGCAGCCGUGGCAACGCCAACAACCUUCUUACCAAGCUCACGUCCAAACUCACACGCAGAAACAUGUCAUUCAGGUUUUCCAAAAGAGUCUCAACCGAGCUUGAGAGAAGCGGGAGAUUUGAGGGCACAAGUCGCCAUGUACCUGGGGAUCAGCAAAAAGAUGAAGGGAAAGAUGGAAAAGACGGGAAACCCCGCUCUCUCCGUUUCACCUGGAGUAUGAACACCACCAGUGCCAUGGAGCCGGCUGCCAUCAUGAAUGAGAUCCGCAAGGUUCUGGACACCAACAACUGUGACUACGAACAACGUGAAAGUUUCCUGCUUCUCUGUGUUCAUGGUGAUGGCCAUGCUGACAGCCUUGUCCAAUGGGAGAUGGAGGUUUGCAAGUUGCCCCGCCUCUCACUUAAUGGUGUUCGUUUUAAAAGGAUUUCGGGGACGUCCAUUGCUUUUAAAAACAUUGCAUCCAAAGUUGCCAGUGAACUCAAGCUAUGAAUAUGUCUUUAAUCUACCUACAUAGAGGAAUAUAUGAAAGUGUUAAAUCCUAUAUAGAAAAUGUAAGCUGUACAAUCACUAAACGUAGCAGUUUCCAGAUGGGUUUUUUUUUUAACCACUUACCAUAUGUAUUUAAAAUAAUGUAUAGACUUUAACAUUGCUAAAAGCAAUAAUUUCUUAUGUGUCAAUAUUGUUAAAAGUUGCAAAACACUGUAAGAGAACUGGUUUGAACUUUUCUGUUAAGAUUGUACAUUCUUUGACAAUGCUCUAAGUAUCCGUAAAGGUGUGGGGGAAGUGUCAACAUGGCCUAAAAAUAGUACCCAAUCCUUUUGAAGUGAAGCUUGCUUUUCUUCCUCUCUAGACAGUGUUUAUAUAUAAGUAUUUGGUGUCUUGAGCUGCACAUGUAUAGAGUAUGUAGAAUCCCUGAAGAGUAAAAACUGCUUUUAAACUACUUACAUGUUCUUUGAAUCUGUUGUUCUACUUACUCUGGCUUAUCUUGUCAUGGAAAGCACUCAUUCAUGAACCAUGUUCCAGCCAGCCCAGGUUCACUAUGUAAAGGAGUAAAUGCUAAGGGAAAAGGUCCUUAUUUAUUUCACUAUAUUCCCACCAUGUGUGUACUUUUGUUUUACAAUUAUUAGUGUUGUAUUGUUUUGCUGUUUAAGUUCUCUCACAUUUUGAGGGCUACUUGUUCAUUGAGAUCCAACAUGGAUUUUAUUAAAACAGCUAUACUUGACUGAC